GAGAACACCGGCCAUCUGGUCCAAGGGCCGCGGCCAUGCAGCUUUUCCUCUCUCACUUCCUCCCCUCGGAAUCCACGGAAAUGGAGUUCCUCUGAAAGUUAGAAGGAAACUAGAAGAAAAAAGGGUGAGAAUCUCGAUUUGGAAGUGGAUUUCCGGGGAGUUGGAGUAAAGAGCAAGGAGAUCAUGGGGAGGGGGAAGAUUGAGAUCAAGAGAAUUGAGAACACUACAAACCGCCAAGUGACCUUCUGCAAGCGGAGGAAUGGUUUGCUGAAGAAAGCCUAUGAAUUAUCGGUUCUUUGUGAUGCAGAGAUCGCGCUCAUCAUCUUCUCAGGCCGUGGCCGGCUCUAUGAGUACUCCAAUAACAGCAUCAAAUCAACCAUUGAGAGGUACAAGAAUGCAUGUGCUGAUAGUUCAAAUUCAGGUGCUAUUAUAGAUGUUAAUUCUCAACAGUAUUAUCAGCAAGAAUCAGCAAAACUGCGCCACCAGAUCCAAACAUUACAAAAUGCAAAUCGGCACUUGAUGGGUGAUGCUCUGAGUUCUUUGAGUGUGAAGGAACUUAAGCAACUUGAAAACCGACUUGAAAGAGGCAUCACAAGGAUCAGAUCAAAGAAGCAUGAGCUGUUGUUUUCAGAGAUUGAGUACAUGCAGAGAAGGGAAGCGGAGCUUCAAAAUGACAAUAUGUGCCUCAGAGCUAAGAUUGCAGAGAAUGAGCAAGCAGCACUGCAGGUAAGCAUUGCACAAGAAGGACCUCAGUUUGAUGCUCUUCCAGCAUUUGAUUCUAGAAACUACUACCAUGUCAAUCUGUUGGAGGCUGCAACCCAUUACUCCCACCAACAAGAUCAAACAGCUCUCCAUCUUGGGUAUGAAGCAAGAUCUGAUCAUGCUGCAUAGAGAAUUACUCCAAAUAUGUUUCCUGGCUAAUGGUGUGUGUGGGUUUUGAUCAUAUGAUCCUAACAUAAGACUGCCUAUGGUGUAUCAGAAUGGUCUCUUGGUAAACUGUCUUUGCCGAAAUCAUGUUGCAUCUUGAUGUGCUUUUACUUUGAUCAUAUAGUUGAUUGUAAAUGACCAUUAUAAACCAUACUAAAUGGGUUUCUUCUUGCCAAGC